GUCGUGUCUUCAACAACUUCAGUCCGCGAAUGACACCGGUAGACGACGUGAGCUGGUUUUAACGCGUUUUUCCCCCAGUCAGACCAGUGAGACUUGAGAGGAUGUGGAGCGUCAUUUCUCCUGCCGGAGCUCACUGAAACUUUUGUCGGUAAACACAACGCGGAGAGCAGGAGGUGUGUGUCGGUCACCGGAGACGAUGGGAGCCUCUCAGUAGAUCCACUACAGCAGCGGAGCACCAUGGCUGUGGACGCGGCAUCCAGUUUCAGUUUCUGCAGGCCAGCUGUGGAGUACAGGGCUCUGCCUGAGGACUUCAAGCACCAGCUGAGCCGACGGACAGGUGGGAAUCUAACCUGGCAUGAUGGACGUGGGCAGAAAACCGCAGGAGGCAGAACAGUGAAGCUGCUGCAGCAGCCGGGUACAGAGGCCCUGCAGUACCGUUCCAGUGACAAUUACGGGAUAUAUCACACAAGCCCGACACAGCCCAGCCUGAUCCGCCCGGUCGUGCUCUGGUCACAACAAGAUGUUUGUAAAUGGCUUAAGAAACACUGUCCGCACAACUACCUAACCUACGUGGAGGCAUUCUCUCAGCACGCCAUCACAGGCCGUGCGUUGUUGCGUCUGAAUGGCGAGAAGCUAAAGAGGAUGGGACUAGUGCAGGAAACACUUCGGCAGGAGCUGCUGCAACAGGUGCUGCAGCUUCAGGUGCAGGAGGAGGGACGCAACCUGCAGCUGCUCAGCAGAGGAGAGGGUUCCUUUGGAAGGAUAUCGUAGCCAGAUUACUGGAAGAAGUUGGAAGAAGAUGGAAUUAACCCAAAAUAAACUCAAAUGUGAAUCAAAUCUGUUGGGACAAAUCCAUCCAGCGAGCAGCGAUAUGCAGCGAGUCAUGUUGUUGAGUGGAAGUUGGCAGUUUUUCAUUCCCUCUCUGCACGAUGAACAGACAUAAUCUAUACGGACUGACUAUGAACUGUGAUGAAAAAGCACCGAGACAAUCUGCCAUCAACAUGUUGCUCUAUUCUGUAAUUAAUUAUUAACUGUUUCUCUCUUACUGUCUCUACCU